AGUCAUGGUCUACAUACAGACAGGAGAACGCGCCCAACUCCUUCAGUCUCCUCCCUUCAGUUGGUCCCUAGCAGCUCUCUUGAUAGUUUCCAUCAGUGAGAAUUGUGAUGAAAACCUUCUACAGACAGAACUCGCCAAUCGCACUUCAUCCCUAGCAAUCAUGUGCCCAGCUUUUCUACACUCUGCUCAGGGAAGCGUGGAAAACCCCGUGUUUGUGGUUCAUACGUGGAAGCCUUUUCAUCCACGAAGGAAACGGCUGUACAUUGGAAGGUAGUCAUCUCUCAGAACCUGGGAAGAUCUCUUUGUGGACCGUUUUCGGUCAUUUCAUGGCAUCGUCCUUCACUUGGCAAGUGACAAUGGGGAACUUCCCUAUUUCUACACAACUGAAAGUAGUGCCAUGGAAGGAAUUAAUAAACGAAUGUUGGAUGUCAUAGCAGCACGCCUGAAUUUUAGUUACAUUCCAACCCAAGGAAUAAAAGACUUAAAGUGGGGUGAAAACAUCAAUGGAACGUGGGAUGGCUUCCUUGGAGAGAUAUGGAAUGGAACCAAAGAUUUAACAAUCAAUGGAUUUUCUAUCACUUACGACAGAGCCAGAGACUUUGAUUUCACACAGCCAUUCAGCCAUGAAGGAUAUGGGUUUGCCAUUCGACAGCCAAGCCCUUUACCUCGUUGGCAGAGCAUCAUAUACCCUUUCAGUGGCCUUGUUUGGGGAGUCCUUGCUGUCACUCUCAUCAUAGCAUCAAUAGCUUUUUAUUUACUCCAACUCAAGACUGCACGAAUGAGCUACAUGAAAUGUCUCGUCCUUGUCAUGAAGAACCUUGUGAAUCAAAGUGUUGAAUAUAGACCCAAAACAAUUAUUCUCCGGAUUUUCCUGGCGCCUUGGUGGUUCAGCGCCUAUGUCACUGGCAUCAUCUAUGCCUGUAACCUCAUCUCUUUCUUCACUGUACCUGUAUAUCCACGCAAGCUAACCACACUGAAAGAGCUAGCACAGAGUCCUUACAGGUAAGUAGCUGAUCUUUUAAAAAACAUAGCUUUUGUUUCUUUAAACAUUAUCGUGUCGCUAUUCAUACAAAUAGGUUUUAAGAAAUUAGACCACCUAGGAGAGCAGAGGUUGUGAUAUGCCUUCCUGAUAUGCAUAAAGUACUGUUUCAAAGCAUUAAACAAGUAACUAAAAAAUACAAAAUGUACAUGAAACACUAUUGAAACAUACAAAGAAACAAAGCGUGAUGCAACCUCUACCUUACUCAGGAUGAGUGCAAGAUUUCCCCGACGCAUAAAGCUGGUAUCACACUAGUCAUUUCUUGCUCGCGGUUUUGGCAAGCAUCCAGCCGAU